AUGGAGGGUUGGAUGGAUGGAUGGAUGGUUGGAUGGUUGGAUGGAUGGAUGGAGGGUUGGAUGGAUGGAUGGAUGGUUGGAUGGUUGGAUGGAUGGAGGGUUAGAUGGAUGGAUGGAUGGAUGGAUGGUUGGAUGGUUGGAUGGAUGGAUGGAGGGUUGGAUGGAUGGAUGGAUGGUUGGAUGGAUGGAUGGUUGGAUGGUUGGAUGGAUGGAGGGUUAGAUGGAUGGAUGGAUGGUUGGAUGGAGGGUUGGAAGGUUGGAUGGAUGGAUGGAUGGUUGGAUGGUUGGAUGGAUGGAGGGUUAGAUGGAUGGAUGGAUGGUUGGAUGGAGGGUUGGAAGGUUGGAUGA